AUGGUGCUCUCGCUGCCUAUCCCCAGCUUCUCCAGACCCUCCCCCUCACGCCCCGCCGAUGGCACACCUGCACCACAAACCGGCCGGACUGCCUUGAAACCCUCUGGCAUAGGCAGCUCUGCAGCCUCGUCUUCCCCGAACAGACACUCCAUCACCCUCAGCGAAGCUCUCCGAAAUAACCCCUUCGGGAGUACGUCGCGCUCCCGACCAGCACAUGUCCCUCUCCGCCAAAAGGAGGAGCAGAUGCGAGAGCAGGACGAGCUGAAUGCCGCGCUAGAGACUCUUGCGCGUACAUUUCCGGAUGUGCGCAUAGAGGUCUUCCGCGAGUUACUGGUACGCUUCGACGGUGAGAGCCGGCUGCAGGUCUGCAUCGAGCAACUGCUGCGACAUAAGGAGAAGUGGGUUGAGGGCCGGUGGAAUGUCCCUGAGACUGAAGCUGCACCGGGUGGCCAUGGCCCCAAUACUCGAGAAGGGGCGCAUGGCCCCGUGGGUGAGAACGUCGUCCCGGUCGAGGAGCGCUUCCGGUCAGAGGAGUAUAAGGUCGCGGUGCAGGUCAGUCUGGCGAAGGAAUUCAGCAGUCUGAGCAAAAGCACCGUUGAUGCCGUACUGGCCGAGGCGAACUUUAGCUACUGGCGUGCACGUCCGACGCUACGGGAUCUCUCGCGCCGUACGUGGCGGGCAACAUUCAAUAGCAUGUUACCGUUUCGUCGCAAGAAAGAUCGAGAUGAUCAUCCGCUUAUGACGUGGCAACGCCGUAUGGAUGGCGAGCUUAUACCCCGGUUGAAAGAAACCGGUUCAGCCGAGCUUGAUGCCGAGCUUCAUACCAUUCUCCUGGCUCCACUACUAGACCAACGGCGGGAGAACCAGGAGGCUGACGAUUUCCGACUCGCUUUGGAACUAAACGAGAAGGAGGCAAAAGCGGUUGAUGCAUUGUAUGAGUGCGAGUGCUGCUUUGCCGACGUUGCCUUUGAGCAGAUUGCGGUCUGCUCGUCUAAUGCCCAUGUCAUUUGCUAUCAUUGCAUCCAACGAACGAUCUACGAGGCGUUGUUCGGUCAGGGCUGGGGCAAAUCUGUGGACUUGGAGCGCUCGACAUUAAAGUGUCUGGCUCCAUUAUCAGCCGGCGCGUGUGAUGGCUGUCUCCAUCCUCAAAUCGUCGAACAGGCCGUCCUUCUCGACACCGCUGGUUCCGAAACGUACCGCAAAUUCGAGGAUCGAUUAGCCUCGGAAACGCUGCUCAAGUCUCAAAUGAAACUCAUUCGAUGUCCGUUCUGCUCCUACGCCGAAGCUGAUCCGGUCUAUCAUCCCUCUUCUCGCGGUAUCCGCUGGCAGGUUCGCCGGGACGCGGGUAUCAUCCCUUCCAUUCUAAUGACUCUUUUCCUUCUUGACCUUGUCCCUUUACUCAUUAUUCCUUUCUUAAUUCUCCUUAUUGUGGACCCGUCAUCUGUCACCGCCGUCUUUGAAAACGCGAUUCGACACCUUUGCCUUAAAAUCCGCCCUAAACGAUUCACAUGUGCCAAUCCAACUUGUCAAGGUGUGAGUUGCAUAACGUGCCAGAAACCCUGGCGUGAUCCACAUAUCUGCCACGAGCCGCUUCUACUAGACCUUCGAGCCACCGUCGAGGCGGCACGAACUGCAGCAGUCAAGCGAACCUGUCCUCGCUGCAGCCUCUCGUUUGUCAAGUCCUCGGGCUGUAACAAGCUGACCUGCGUCUGCGGUUACUCGAUGUGCUACCUGUGCCGGAAGGCACUUGGCCCGCGCAUGCAACCCGCCCGAGCCCGACGUGGAUUUGACCGGCCACGUCCCCGGGACUUAGACGCUUACGACGGCCCAGCCGACGAAAAUCCGUUCGAGGACGACCCAGAAGCUGAAUCCGAAGAUGACGAGUUCGAAGAGCCAGAAGGCUACAAGCACUUCUGCGAGCAUUUCCGCAUUAAUCCGGGAUCCAGAUGCACCGAGUGUAGCAAGUGUGAUCUCUACCAGGCCGAAGACGAAGAAGCCGUAGCCCGUCGUGCAGGCGAGAAAGCCGAGCGGGAAUGGCACCUUCGGCAAGAGCUGUCCAGUCCCAAUACUUCAGCAUCGGCAGUUGGAUCGCAUAGCGUGAAUUAUGAUCUAUCAGCCGGAGCUGAGAGCCAUGCCACCGGCCGUCACGCAUCCAGUACCUUGUGGGACCUGCAUCUGACAGGGAAGCCAUGGGCUUACUGGGUGAGUGAUGUUUGGUCAGAAGGACGGUGGAAAUUAGAAGGCCAGGCCUUGGUUGAUUGGAUUGUAGAGCGGGUUAUCGUGAUAGACGAGGUGUGA